GCGUUUGGUUUAGCUAAGGAGAAGAUUGAUUGCCUGGCAGCGGUCAGGAUUGCAGAUGAAUUCAUCGUGCGAGUUCAGCGCUCAGCGUUCCAAUGACAAGCACGUAAGAUGAUGGGAUCACCACAACGAUGGCACAACAUCCGAAAGACUUCAGGACAGGCAAUGGGAAGACGAGAUCAGGAAGUCGAUUGGGACGCGAUAUCGAGGACGUCAAGAACAACGGCCAUGUGACGUCGUCCACACGUCAGAUGUGUUCGUCAUGGGCGCCGAAAGAUCUUGAUCGCGAAAGCCGCAAGCUGAUGCCAUUUGCUGACGUCAUGCAGAACAUGAUGACGUCAGCAUAUGUCAGUAGCUCGCGACUUUCGUUCGGAUUAAUCCGAAACACAUCGGCGAUUAUGGGAUUUAUCCCAACCGCACCGAAGCACGUCGGUGUGGCACGGAUGGAUCCGGCAAUCGCCUACGUGGUUCAGAUUAAUCCGAACUUGAAACCCGGUGGUAGGACGCCAUCAUCUGUUGUCUCCAUACCAUCCAUCCGAGCUGCCGGUGUUCCCGGGCUGUGCUUCGGAUUCAUCCGAACUUCACACGGCGGUGUCGUCGUCCCUGUGAGUUUAAGGCCACGACGAAGCCGUUCACAUGAAAGACUUCCUCGAGGUUUGGGCGGCUUCCCUGGGACAUCGAUACAUCGUCCUGCUGGGUUCGCGCGAAGAGACAGUUUUGGCGGAGGGGUGGGAGGGGAGGGUGGACUACCAGGUACGCCUCCUGAUCUGACAGUGAGCAUGUCGGACGACUCCGUUGAGAAGAGGAAAAGGGUUGGCGGUGGAGAUGAUACGCCCAAAGAGCCGUCGACACGACGAAGAACCGUUGAGUCUUCCGGGAAGAGGUUGAAGUCGACAAAGGAGAGGAAACCAGAUGAGGGCGACACCGGGGAUUGGGACCACGAGGUGGAGAUUAACCUGAACACAUUUAACCUCGACAAAGCGUUCUUCCUGGAGAUGAAAACGGGGUUGCAGAGGAACGUCGUGUUGCACGUUCAUCCCGAAAAAAUAUUGCAUAUUCAAGACUGGGAAGACGCGUACAACCAUCGAUCCUUGGACGCGUUCCUCGUGGACACCAUCGCGACGGCUAUGAUCGACUGCUACGAACGUAAAGACAUGAGAUAUACAAAGCCGAUUUCCGUUCUGGCUCCGAUCAUCGCACCACCAGAGAAAGACAAACCUGCUGUGUGCGUGCUGCCUCAAGACUUCGACGCCUCGCACCCCGAGAAGUACUGGUAUUAUCCUGUGUGUGGUCAACAUAAUGCGAGGGCGGCGAUGAAGGUGAAAGACCAUGCGGUGUUCAGUUACUACAACUUUUGUGAAUGGCCAUUCAGACCAAUUUACUUCCCAAACGACGAAUUCGACGGCUACGCCAAUGUCAGCUGCAAAGACAACCUGAAAGACAAGAAGAAUUCACCGAGGUUGCAGAUUUUAUCCAUGCGUGACAUUCGUAAUAUCUUGAAAAUUAAGGGGAGACCGCGUGUCGUGCUCGGCAAUGCAUCCAAGAAAAAGGAGGAGGUGCGUAGAUGGACUCAGUUCAUGGCCUUGGCUAUGAAAAAGACACCGUACACCCCUUCGUGGGGCCUGUCAACGGAAGAAAAAAAGAAAAAGGAAUGGGCCGAGAAACUUCGGUACUAUCUCCCACUGGCCAUGGCUGACGAGUCGGUCUUCGUGUUGGCGGAAAAGUUCUACGACGAGUGGUCAAAAGGAAAACUUCUGGCUUCUGACGGGCGACGUUGGACUGAAAAACCGCCGACCCAUGAGGAGGUGGCCAAGCCAGGACUUUGCAAUGUGACUAACAGCCAGGGAGUCAAAAAACACGUCUGGUACGUUAAGGUGGACGACCCGUCGUUCAAAAAGGGGAAAGGGAAGCCAAAGAAGGGCGCGGAGGAGAAAACUUACUACGUCCAAGUUCUUGAGCCGGAUGUCCACUGCCGGAAGGAAUUGGCAGACUUGACGGACCGCGAGAAGAGAAGGUUGUUAAACGGCGUCUUGAACCUUACCGUCGUGUGGGUUCAAUCGAGUAGCAAGAAGUUGGCCGAGCAGGGGAAGUACCGUGUGAAGGAGAUGGUCGACAUAAUAAAAAUCGACCGGAUUAUGUUGAGGCUAUGGCACUACGUGGAGCUCGAGUACGAGGAAAUGGAGAAGGAGGAGUGGAAUGUCAAAUCCUCGUUCUUCAGGUCCAAGCGACAAUUGUUGGAGUAGUACGCAGACAAAGGUCUCGACGAAAAGCUUUGGAACGAGAGCAGAAAGUUCUUCAACGACAACACCUACGUCAACAAGUGCCCUCAGUAUCUA